AUGGCUUCUGCGAUUGAGGAACAGCAUAUCUUCACUGAUGCCAUCGCAUUCCAACCCCAAGUGGUCCAGUCAAGCGUCCGAGGCUUAGUGACACCAACGGCCAUUACUACAACAGCCAAACCGCUAACUCUCGACCAAGUGCACAAGGUCAUUGGACUGUAUGGCCCUAUCCUCAAUCUUCAUCCAGAGGAGAAGUAUUUCAAUACGUCUGUUGAAGAUUUCUUGAGCCACUGUACGCUCGUCGACAAAAAGACAAAGGCACGAUUGCCGUCACCAAAAGUUGGCCAGCUCCCUCAGAAGGGUGACGACAACCAAUUCUAUCUCGAACUUUCAGCAGAUGGCAAGAAAGGGGACUUUCCGAACGCGAAAGCAUAUGUGCGCGCCUUUUGGCAAUCCGGCAUGCCUUACACGGAUUUGCAAUUCUGGUUCUUCAACGCCUAUAAUGGACCGGGAACCCUUCAUAUUGACGGGCUCGUGAUGGAUAGCAUCACAAGCUCGGGUGACAUUAACGUCAGUCCUCUCGGUGAGCAUGUGGGAGACUGGGAGAUGUGCAUGGUCCGCGUCGACAACUCGACGCUGAAGAUCAUCAGUAUCUGGCUUUCCCAACAUUCCAAGGGCCAAUUCUUCACGGGCGACCAGCUUGACCGAGCUUUCAAAUUCCAGGGAACUCAACCGAUUAUCUUCUCGUCCCGCAAUGGCCAUGCCAACUUUGCCCGCGCAGGGUCUAACCCGACCGAGUCCAAGAAGAUUGGGGGCAUACCAGCUGGAUUCGACUUUUUCGUUCGCAACGACACGGCCAUCAGUGAGCGCAAGAUGGACUGCUCCAAGAAGUAUGACCUCGUUUCAGCCGAUUGGCUGGGGGUGAAAUCUCCCGCUUGGGUAACAUACCCAUUUCGCUGGGGACCAGAGGGAACUUCGACUCGUCUCAGCGCGGGGGCGGUGGCUGAUAUUGUCAAAGCGGCUGCCGGGGAUGAGCUGUCAAAAUUUCUCCCCGUUGCUGCCGGGACAGUUCUGGCUGGAGAGAUUCUUCCGCAUUUUGUGAAGGGUGAUAUCAAUGGUCCUACUCCGCCAAGUCGGCACGGGAGUUGGAUGGGUAUCUAUCCUGUCUACUAG